GAUAUCAAUGAAUGCACUGAUCUAAAUGCCAACAUGACAUGUGAUCUACGUGUGGAGAAUUGCUACAACACACAAGGCAGCUACAAAUGUAAUUGCAAAGAGGGAUAUUCGCGAAAUACCUCCAACAUUUGUGAAGGUAGAAGAAAAUAGAAUACAUGUAUAUCAAACGUUUAAAGUAUUUUUAAAACAAAGUAAUCUACUUAGUGGGGUUAAUUUCUUUAAAAUUGAUAUAUCUUCAGAAGGCAGGGCUCAUGUUUAACUGAAGUAAAAUAUUAAUUGUAAACCUAAGAUUUUUAUAGUUUUUUUCCUAUUGGUUUAAAAAGCGUGGUAAAAUAAGAGAUAUAAUAUAAAAUCUUUGUAAAUGAAUAUUUUUUUCACAAAUUAAAAUAUAUUUUUUUAAAAUUCAUAGUUUAAUUUAAUUGUGGACUUAUCAAAUUGAAAUAGAAUACACACAUAAAGUCUUUUGAUUUAAGGGAUUAUUUUAAUUUUCAUAAAGAUAUAGAUGAAUGCCAACUUCAUAUUGAUGGAUGUCAACAAAUGUGUCACAACAUUGAAGGUCAUUACAAUUGUGAAUGUGAUGCAGGAUAUGUGCUUGACAGUGACAGGAAACAAUGCUUGAAAAGUACGAAAGUAGAUGACUUUGCAGAUUAAGGAAUUAGAACAUCCUCCCCAAAAAUAAGAUUUGUUAACCAAUAAAGAGGAGUAUCAAAAGUCCCUCUUUAAAAAAUGUAUCUUGGAUACAACUAGCUUUUCCAAAAAUUUACUAAAAGUAUAAUGAAAUGCCUCACCAUAAUUCAGAGCUGUUACAUUUAUUUUUUUAUUUUAUUAUUUAUAUUCAAACUAUACCGUUAUCUGGACUUUGUUUCUAAGAAUAAGUUAAUCCUUUCAUAGAUUUAUAUUCUCAUUCGUUGUUUAAAGUAAAACAUUCAAAUAUAGUUUUGACUGGAUGUGCACUGAAGACUUGCUCUCACACUUGUUUUGUGCUUGAUGGCAAUGCACAGUGUGCCUGUCCCGGGGGUCUUGAACUUGAUGAGCUUGGGACAACUUGUGUUGGUAAAAAU